AGAAGCGUGCGAUUCAACAAUUUCAUCUAAGCAACCAUUUAAGUCUGCUACGCGCCUGGUCUCUCGUCUCUCUUUGUUUUCAUGGUAUAUGGAAAUAUUUGGUUGAGCGACGUAUUUAUUUGAUUUUGUGAAAAUGAAUGGUACUAGUUCCAAUUUCGACCCGGAAGUGCAACACAAGGAAAAACAAUCAAUUUCAAAGGGCAGUUCAGCUUCCGAGGACAGCUCCAUGGUGACGGGCAUAGGCCGUCAGUCAUCUCUAAUGUCAGAUAUUUCAACUAAGAGCACUAGCGACAACGUGGAGAGGCAUAAAAGUUUGGGGGUCUACUAUCCUCGACCAGUUUGGAAGUCGAAAUUGGAUGUCAAAUUACAGAAUUUACCUCCAGUAGGUAAAAUUCCCGUUUACCUGAAACGAAAAUGUCCCAUGACGGACUCUUGUGUGGGUUAUGUGAGUUGCACUACUGAACAGCCUGUUGCAUUGAAGGAAAACGCUAACAGGGACGAUUCAAAUGGGGAAAGUGACAGAAAUUUGAUUGAACAUCACUCCGAGCAGGUAGAACAGGAACUGGAAGAGGCGAAUAAAGUAGAACCGUGUCAGAACCGCUUGUGUGAUGGUGCUGGUGAUACGGCCACCCUCACAGGUCAUAUGGAACAUAAUCAAAUCCUAGCCGAAAUUUCACAACUAGUCGAAAACCACCAAAGACGAAUUGCUCAAUUGGAAGAGAAGGUUGAAUCCAUGGGUUUCCUGAUGGAGAUAAAAGGCAAGUCUUUGAGGGACAGUAGCUGCCAAACAGGCAGCUCCAUAAAGAACGAUUACGAUUCGAAUUCUUCGAGCAACCCAGGAAGUAGUUGUCACGAUGUCAAAAAACUACAAACAGAUUGCAUGAUGCUGUUACUCGAUAACAUGGCACUCACAGAGAUUAAACAGCGUGACGAUGCACUGAUGCAGAUUCGUUCCAAUCUGCUGGAAUAUUUGGAUUUCACGAAAGAGCAGUCGUGGAAACGAGAUGAGUCGAGAGCUAUUUUCGGACUAGCGAUAAUGAAUCAAUCGAUAAAAACUUUCAAAGGCAAAUAA